AGCAGCUUUAUCCAACAGGCUGGGCUGGGCUAGAGAGCUGCGUGUAGGUCCAGGUGGUGCACGCAUGCUCCCACAUCCGCAGCCCCCCUCCCUCCCAUUCUCCUCCCCGAUCUCCUCCCCUUCUUACUCCUCCCACCCCUGUCCGGAGCUUUCAGCGGGGAAAGGACCUCGCUCGCCUAUCGAUCAGGGCAAGGGAAGAAGAGGAGGAGGAGGCUGAGCAAUAAGGGCUCGAGCCUUACCCAUGAGCGGUGAGCUGCAGCUGCGGCUCCUGUGAUUUCAGCACCAAGAGUGCUGGACAGCUCCCAUUGCGGCGGGCGAGGUACCGCUGCCAGUUGGGUUCAGUCUAGGUCCGCCAAGGGAGGCAUUGACACACAAAGCCUGCUGGAAAGAAGGGAGGGAAGCAUUUUUUUUAUCUUGCUGAAGCAGCCAGGGGAUCCUCUCCUCUCUGGUUUUGCCGCAAACCUUUCUCCAAAGCCACGGUCAGAGCAGCAAAGAAGACCUAACACACGGGAGGAUGCUUCUCAAGCUGUCCUUAUUGAUACCGGUGCUGGCACUGAUUGUAGGCCAGGUACAUGGAUUCCCCAAGCCCGAGGGCACUAGAGGAGAUAAAGCUUUACACAACAGAGAAUUAAGUGUAGAGAGACCACUAGAAGAACAGAUUGCUGAGGCAGAGACGGAUAAAAUGAAAAAGCCAGCCUCUACAGACAACAAGCCGGAAUUCAGAAAUUACUCAUUUGCUGACGACCUGAACCUGCUCAAAUUGGCAGCAGAAAAAGAGAGGAAGGAGAAGGAAAGGGAAUCAAUCAGGAGCUCCCUGUAUGACCAACAGCUUGCCUUCGAGGAUACAGAUUCCACCAAGAGCCGGAGGCUGGUGGAUGAUUAUGACUCCACUAAAAGCAGCCCGGACUAUAAAUAUCAAGAUGAUCCAGAUGGACUCCACCAACUUGAUGGUACGCCAUUAACAGCUGAAGACAUCGUUCAGAAGAUUGCCAUGAGGAUAUACGAGGAAAAUGACAGAGGAGUCUUUGACAAGAUCGUUUCCAAGCUUCUAAAUCUGGGACUCAUCACAGAAAGCCAGGCCUACACACUGGAGGACGAGGUGGCUGAAGUCUUGCAGCAGCUCAUUGCUAAUGAAGCAAACGAUCGCGAAAAGGCAUCUGAAGAUCUUGGUGACAUUCCAAACAGAGCAGAGAGUAAUCCCAAUGAAAAGCAGGAGGAAAAUAUGGCUACGAAAAAUACUGAUCAAGAUGACACACUGGAUAAUACCUGGACUUCCUCCAACAUCUUGGAAAGAAGAAACGAACUGCCUCCCGAGGAUAAUUUUGAAGAUCUCCAAUAUUUCCCUAACUUUUAUGAACUUCUGAAGAGUCUCAACACAGAGAAAGAAGCCAAAGAAAAAGAAACGCUCAUAACGAUCAUGAAGACCUUGAUAGACUUUGUGAAGAUGAUGGUGAAAUAUGGAACAAUCACACCAGAAGAAGGUGUUUCGUACCUAGAAAACCUGGACGCAAUGAUAGCUCUACAGACAAGGAAGAAACUCGAAAAGCCCAACACCAAAAACAAGCUGCCAUCAGACAAGAGCACUGAAGAGGCCGACAGCACAAAAGCCGCAGCAGCGAAGAUGGAAAAAGAAUACGAAACGCUGAAGGAUUCGACAAAAGCCGAAGAACAAAACACAGGAAAUGAUGAGGAGCCCAAAGGGAAAGCAGAGGCAUAUUUGGAAGCCAUCAGAAAGAACAUAGAAUGGCUAAAGAAGCACAACAAGCAAGAAAAGAAAGAAGAUUACGAUCUUUCUAAACUGCGGGACUUCAUCGACCAGCAAGCCGACGCUUACGUAGACAAGGGUAUCCUGGAUAAAGAAGAGGCAGACGUGAUCAAACGUAUCUAUGGCAGCCUGUAAAGAGCAGAAAAGGGGACGUCUCUUGAAGCUGUAGGGGAUUCUAGUCGAGCUUCACCCACACCUAGUACAACCUCCUUUCUCCCUGCCCUCGCCUCUCACCCCAAGAUUAUUAGAAAGUAUUCUCUCUGCGUUGUACUGAAUUUCUUCCGGUUGAAAAACCUUGGUUCACAACCCACUAUGACUGCAUCUUCAUGUUUCCCUGCGCAUCAACCAUUCCACUUAAGGCAGGGGUUUUUUGCUGCCCACUUUCUAGUCAACAGGGUAAAAUGCUGGCAUCAUGUUGUUGCCGUUAGCCUAAUUUUUGACAUCCUCUAGGGAAGGCGGAUGCUUUUGGAGAAUAUCUCUUCCCCCUCACGCCCAGCAUCUGCCAACUUGUUCCACCAUUCAGCGGCUUUGUAGAGAUGUCAAUCUGUGCAUUUGCAAAGGGCAUUAUGAGGAUGAGAAUGAUGCAACUAAAUAUUAAGAAAUCUCACAUUCGGGUUCCCAUUUGUUGUUCCUAUUAUUUGGUGUCAAAGAUGGUCCCGUUUGAAUUCGUAUGUCGCCAUUUCCUCGCUGUUUGGUGCAUUCUGUAUUGUGUCCCUGUCUGUGUGCCACUGAGUAGCUGCUACAUGUUCGAAACACUGCAUCAAGCCUUUAAAGUAGAUCUUACAGGGAGAAGGAGCUGUUUUGUCACGGCAUUGCUAUGGUCAGGUACACCAGCAAUGUUGUCAUUAACACACCUUCAUAGUUCUUUAAUAAGUGUUAUUUCUCUGCAUGUAUAAAGAAUGGAAUUCUUGAUGUGAGUAGCCUAAUGGCACAUGUAAAUAGCUGUUAAUUUAUGAGGAGGAGGAGGAGGAGAAAUUUAAAGACAAAGCAUUUGAGGAGCCUAGAAUUAGAAGUGUACUUCGGAUGAGAGGUUUCAAUAUCAAUAUAGGUUGCUCAUCACUUCUGCCAGUCAGACCAUGCAAAGUUUUGAACUUUUGGCCUGCAUCAAAGGAAAUUGCUGUUAUACCCUCAAGCUUGUUGGAGACUGAAUGGCCAUUUAGCACAAUGGACAGUAUCCAGUGUUAGUCCUACUCAGAGGAGACCCACUGAAGUUAAUAGGCAUGGCUAACUCUUAUUUGUUAAGUUCUGUGGGUCUACUUCAUCGUUGCCCAAACUUGGCCCUCCAGCUGUUUUGGGACUACAAUUCCCAUCAUCCCUGACCACUGGUCCUGCUAGCUUGGAAUGAUGGGAGUUGUAGUCCAAAAACAGCUGGAGACCCAUGUUUGGGAAACCCUGGUCAAGUUGAACGCAACCCAGUGUUUUCCACAUGUCUAAGAGAUGAAGCAUACUUUUAUCAGGUCUAUAUCCCUCUUACACCUAAGCAGAUACAGGUAUGCAGUGUCUGGGAAGCAUGUCUUUUUAAAUAAAUAAAGCUUAAAUGAAUUUUGAACGUGCCUCCAAAUCGCCCUAAGCAUGCCUGUUUCCAAUGGCACAUGCAAAGAGACAAUGAUCAGCUUCAUCAGCGGACAGGCUAUUCUGCUGCUGCUGCCUCAGGAAUCAGCAAUAUCAAAAGCAACACAAUGGCCAGAAACAAUUACAAUGUGAAAAACUUUGUGGAAUAAUUCAAAACAUCAAAACUGGAACAGUGCUCAUGUGAUUAUGUAGUCACUGAUCACAUGAGCACUGUUCCAGAGUAUUUUUCAUUCUCAUGUAUAUUAUAUCUAUUCGAAAAAAGAUUGGUUAAUGAAGAAAUUACAUAUCUUUCUACUUACGAGUGUUGAACUAAUUGGCUGAUGAAGAAUUCAACGAAACAGUAGUUGUUAUCCGGAAACACUGUUCAGCAGAGUUCAGAGUUGGACAUCAGAAUUGGACAUUUGCUGAUUAUACAAAGCUUCACAGCUUGCUCUCCACCAGGUAAAGUCUGGCACCAUGAUUCAUUUAAGGACUUUCAGAGACUUCAGUUUGUUAGUUUUUGAUUUUUUGAAUUAUUCCACAAAGUUUUUCAGAUUGUAAUUGUUUCUGGCCAUUGUGUUGCUUUUGAUAUUGCUGACUCAUAUUUUGCAACACAGGGGUUGGUUGGUUUGUUUACUCAUUGCUGCCUCAGGAAUAGCUGAAUGAUCCAAUCACAUAUCCUGAAUUGUUGUGACAGAAUAAUCUGCCCUUUCAGAAGCAGAGAUUGGCUGGGGAGGAAAGCUAUGACCAGAGCUGGAUAUCAUGCAGAGUUGCAACAGGCAGCCUCUUUUGCAGAUGGGGAUUUGGAGUGCAGGGGGGACUUUCAUGAUUUCACUACUUACCGGUAACUUCUUGUUUUGGUUCUACUGUGGUAUGUUGUGGCACACAGCUUUGGGGAACAGCUGAUUUACCAUAAUCAUGACUGUAAAAAGUUGGAAGGAGAAACAACAAUGCAAUAAUAAAACAAUAGCUUUCCAGUUGCACAAGGGAAAUGGCUUGAUGAGUAUUAAAAGAGAGAAGAAAUAAGUGAGAAAAGAAAUAAACAUUCCCCCCACCAUGAGGAAAGGUUACAAUAUCUGGGGCUUUGGAGUUCAGAAAAAAAUGUGAAUAAGGCAGGACGUGAUAGAAGUAAAUAAGAUUCAGGUAGGUAGCUGUGUUGGUCUGAUGCAGUCAAAAUCAAUUUAAAAAUUUUAAAAAAAGUCCAGUAGCACCUUAGAGACCAACUAAGUUUGUUCUGGGUAUAAGCUUCCGUAUCUGAAGGUAUCUGAAGAAGUGUGCAUACACAUGAAAGCUUAUACCCAGAAAAAACUUAGAAGUAAAUAAGAUUAGACAUUGUGUGUAGAAAGCAGAAUAGAGACAUUAUCCCUCUCUCCUUAUAUAAUAAUAGAAGCUAUGGGGCAUUGAGUGAAGCUGAAUGUUUGAAGAAUCGGGGCAGACAAAAGAAAAUACUGUAUUUUUUGCUCUAUAAGAUGCACCAGACCACAAGACGCACCUAGUUUUUGGAGGAGGAAAACAAGAAAAAAAAUAUUCUGAAUCUCAGAAGCCAGAACAGCAAGAGGGAUCGCUGCGCAGUGAAAGCAGCAAUCCCUCUUGCUGUUCUGGCUUCUGGGAUAGCUGCGCAGCCUCCAUUCACUCCAUAAGACGCACACCCAUUUCCCCUUACUUUUUAGAAUGGAAAAAGUGAGUCUUAUAGAGCAAAAAAUACGGUAUUUAUUCACCCAGUCCAGGGUUAGGGUUACCAUUCCCUUAUCUAGGAGUGCCUAAACAUUCCUCUGUAGGAAAAAUACAGCUUACAUUUCCCCCACCUCUGCCUCCCUAAAUCAUACGCAGAACUAGGACCUGCAGCGAUUCCCCUGUUUUAGAAGAGAAAGUUGCCACACAUUUUAAAGCCUUUCUGGGAUUGUUGCAGCUAUGAGUAGAAUUCUGGCGACUACUUUAGUUGUGUAGUGGUUUGCAUGUGCUAGACACUGUGCAGACCACACAUGUGGAGCUUCAAAGAGGACUUACUGUGUCUGGAAAGAAAAAAGGAAUAGAGAAAAGUGGGUGGGGGGAUUAGAUCUGUGUGACCCAUGUGUGGUUUAUUAACAAAAGAAUUGGCUGGAUGCCUGGCUUCAAAACAUGGGGCUUAACACACUCCCCAGCGGAGUUUAAAACAGUCACAGAGUUAAGCAGUAGUAAUAGCAUGGGAACAUAGGUUGUUUUCAUAUCCCAUUUCGUCUGCUUGCUGUGCUUGCCCCUCUCUCUAUCCCUACAGACUACACACUUAAGUAAGGUUAAAAUACUUACCAAAUCAAAAGUUCUGAUUCAUGUGUUGUUCCAUGCGACCGCAAGGAGAACACAAGCGGAAUACUCCUGGGUACAAAAUACAGAAAGGUGGUUUCAAGCAAGCAGUCUGAGGUUGGAUUACAUGGUGCAAAGAGAGUGAGAGAAGAGAAGGAGGAGGUGAGAUGGUGUGGUCUGAGUCUAGGAAUAGACCUCUCUGACCUUAACUCCUUCAUGCAUUAACUAGCACUCAUUCAUAGUUACGGCUGACUGCAAUUUCCCACUAAAAGAGCAGCUAGGUGGCAAUGGUCAGAUGACAGUGUGGCUGGGGUUGCUGAAAAAGUUAAUUUUGAGAAGAUAUAUAAAAGGAGUAGGGAGUAGCAUGCCAAAGAGGGAGAGGAAUGUGUCUCAGAUACAGGAGGUGUAAGAGGCUCCCCAUUUUAACCAAAGAUAGAUGUGCGUAGGAGCCGGAGUGGUGACAAACAAGCUUUUGCAUAAUGGGCAGAAAAGAAAGGAGCCUAAUUUUGAGUUUAGCAGAGGGAGGUGAUAGGGCAGAAAUAAGAGUGGGUUUUAAAGAGAAGGAUGUGGGAUGACGAACUCGAUUGCAGAUAGCUAUAGGGCAUCACUUGAAAGAUUUAAGGAUGUGAUAGGAGGAGGUGGCAUUAACCACAGGAUGCUAGAUGCAGGUAAUAGUUUCACUAGUCCUAUAGAAAGAAACCGAUCUAGCCUGGAGGUGCUGGAAGCAAGAAGCAGAAUUUGCUUGCAUUUUAGGGGUAGAGAUGACCCCAGGCUUUCUUUCCAACAAGAGAAUUAGAGAUGUGUUAGAGAAUUAGCAAGACUUGUGCUAGCAAAGCAGAUUUGCAAGUCCUUAGCGUGAAGGUUGUAGCAGAAGCUGUCAAGAUGCAGAGAAGUUGUGUGCAGAGGAGGGGGAACAGAGGGAUAAAAAGGCAAAGUUCUUUGUGGUUCCUACUAAGGAAUAGAGAAAGAGGAGAAAGUAGAAUCAUCCAACAUAAAGACCGGUGGAAAACACAAAAUGGGGCUCCAUGUAUGACGCUUCCUAGAUUUGUCAGCCCAGUUGUGUGGAAUGGAUCCAUCCCUGACCUAGCAACUUGCAAGAGCUGGCAGGAAAUGGUCCAUGUCAUUGUUCUGACACACACUGGAGCACAGGAAGCUGCCUUGU